UGUUACCCGCUUUCUGACAAGGAACAUACUGCUGAUCACUAGAGGUUGUAUACCAUCCUGCUAGACUCUUACCGAUGAAACUUGUCUCCGCCUUAACUUCACUCGUUGCAAAUUAGGUCGGCCCGUAAUUUUUACCUAGAAAACAGCGCGGGCGCGGCCGCGCAGGCGGCAGGAUGGCGGACGGCGAUGUUCCCGAACCAACGCUGCAGAAUAUCAUCGAUCAGCCAGAAUUGAAAUGGAUCUUUGUGGGGGGGAAAGGAGGCGUCGGCAAGACGACCACAUCAUCCAGCCUGGCUGUCGCGCUUGCUGAGCGGGGUGGUCGAAACAACGUGCUUAUCAUCUCCACGGAUCCAGCACACAACCUUAGCGAUGCUUUCCGACAAAAGUUCACCAAAACACCGACGCUCGUGAACGGCUUCACCAACCUGUUUGCCAUGGAGGUGGACCCCACCCUGGACCUGGGCGACAUGGAGCAGCUGGAGUGGGCGCAGGACUCCUUCCUCACCGACCUGGCGGGAUCCAUACCCGGCAUCGAUGAGGCCAUGAGCUUCGCAGAGGUCAUGAAGCAGGUCCAAACCAUGGACUACUCCACCAUCGUGUUCGACACCGCGCCCACCGGCCACACGCUGCGGCUGCUCAACUUCCCCACCAUCCUGGAGAAGGGGCUCAGCAAGCUGGUUGCGCUCAAGGGGGCGGUGGGGGGCAUGAUGGGGCCGAUGAGCCGCAUGCUGGGCGUGUCGGGUCCCGAGGCCGACAACCUGCCUGACCAGCUGCUGGGCAAGGUGGAGGGCAUGCUGGAUGUGGUGCGCAAGGUGUCCGCCCAGUUCCGGGACCCGCUGCUGACCACCUUCGUGGCGGUGUGCAUCCCCGAGUUCCUCUCGCUCUACGAGACGGAGCGGCUGGUGCAGGAGCUGGCCAAGUUUGAGAUCGAUUGCCGCAACAUUGUCAUCAACCAGGUCAUAUUCCCCGAGUCAGUCGGCUCCAGCCGUCUGCUGGAGGCGCGUGUGCGCAUGCAGCAAAAGUACCUGGACCAGUUCUACGAGCUGUACGAGGACUUCCACAUCCUGCGGCUGCCGCUGCUGGAGGAGGAGGUGCGCGGGCCGGAGGCGCUGAGGGCCUUCUCGCAGAACCUGCUGCAGCCCUACGUGCCCCCCGCCCCCCAAGAGGAGGCCGGUAGCAGCGGCCGGGAGGCGGCUCUGCAGGCGGAGGUGGCGGCGCUGAAGCGGCGGGUGGCGGAGCUGGAGGCGCAGCUGGCGGGCAGGCAGUGAGGGGCAGCAGGCGGAGGGGAGGGGCGGCAGGAGGGGCGGACGGGAGAGGGAAGGCUAGCUGUGAGCCCAAUGGCAGGGUCCACUAGGAGCCCACCCAUGAUGAGUGCAGAGCAGUGCAAUGCGGUGAUGAUGCAGCUAUCUGGGCGGUAGAGCGGGAAGCUGCGUGUGCUGGCAAAUCGAUGGAGUUGACUGCUUGACCCAGCUCUGAAGGAAAGGGCCUCAGGGGUGGCAGGAGGUCAUCCCCAAUCCACGCGUGCAGUGGGUCACGUACAACUGAGCAGCGCGGUUGUGCUUGUGCGUCCCUGGGUUACGGGUAUUGCAGGAGGCAGGCGCAACGCGGGAUGUAGCCUUUCGCAGUGGGUCAGUGGGUCUUGGCCAUAGGGAUCUCGUCCGUUGGGGUCACUGGGGUUCCUGGAGGUCGGCUGAGCAGGCGCUAGUGAUGAGAGAGAGCGAGGGGGUGGUGACGGGAGUCAAGGGAGCGGAGUUGAGCGACCCUUCUUAGCCGUUUGCCACAUGCUCUGUGAGGUUUGUUGUUUGCCGUACCCUCCUCGUUUGAAACGUGAUGAGAAUUGCAGGGAUGGCGGGUUUAUUGAGACAUGCGGCUACCACAGUUUUCAUGUGGUGUUUAAAGGUGGUUUUGGAGACAUGCCGACGAUGCCAUGCAAGGGCGCCUUGUACUGCACUGGAGUUCUAUCCACCUGCCGGGG